GCAUAUGGCGGCGGAUCGCGAACGAUACAGUUGCCCGUUUUCGCAAAGGUUUUUUCGUAUUUUUCUAACGAGCACGGUGGAUGUUGAGUGCGUUUGUGGUAUCGGAUCGGCGGAAUCGUGGCGACUGAUAACGUGAGAAGCGCGAUUUCAAUGAAUCGCGAGAUAAUGACGCGGGAGUAACAGCGGUGCCGUGUCCAUAACCUCUCGACAGUGCCGAGAAAAGUCGGAGACAAAUAUGCCACCGACUAAAAAAACUGAUUUUGAUAAGUUGGCUUGGGCUUGGGUAGAAGUUGUCAGCCCUGAACAAAUUGAAAAAAUACACUUAGAGACUGCAUAUAGGAUUGGAUUGAAGAGUUGUGUAAAUUGCAAGCGUAACUGCACCAAUAAUCCACAAUGUUUAACAGGCUUAGGAGAAGAAAAGUAUUUGAAAUCUCAGCCAGCUGAAGUAAUGUCUCUGGAAAGUUCUCUGUCUGAACUACGAGAUCCAACUCAGUAUGUUGGUUUAAAAAAUCUAGGCGCUACUUGUUAUGUCAAUAGCUUAAUUCAAAUGUGGUUUCACAAUGAGGACAUGAGGAGAAUAAUAUACAAAUGGGAUAUUACGGAAGAUCCGGAGGAGAGGGAAGCACUGGACCAGGCAAAGAAAACAGGUCUGCCUUAUCAUCCUACAACUGCAGUGGGCCAGUUGCAAUAUAUCUUCGCAAUGAUGCAGUUUGGAAAUCAGAACCUUCUUGAUCCGACGAAUCUUGCUGUCGCCUUAUCCUUGGACACCAGAACGCAACAGGAUGCUCAGGAAUUCUCCAAGCUGCUGCUGUGCCACAUUGAAGGAAAGCUGCAGCAAACUUCAGAACUGAAGCAGAUGCUGCAGAGGCUGAGCCAGGGAAGAUACAGCUAUAUCAAUUGUUGUUCGACGUGCGGUACAGAGUACCCCACGUCCACCACCUUCUACGAGUUAGAUCUACAACUGGCGGCGACCUUGAAGGAAGCGAUAGAUAAAUAUCUUUCAGAGGAAGAGUUGACAGGCGCGAAUCAGUAUCAUUGUGCCACGUGCAGUGACAAAAAGGACGCCAGGCGAUUCAUACGGAUAGAAUCGCUUCCGGACACCCUGAACAUUCAACUGAUGCGUUUUGUGUUCCAUAGAGAUUCGGGGCAGAAAAGGAAAUUGAAUUCGUACAUCCAGUUUCCUGAAGAUCUCGAUAUGUCGGAAUACGUCAGAUGCCAACCUCAGACUCAUUUGUACAGUCUCGUUGCGGUGUUGAGUCACAAAGGUCCGUCCGCGUACUCGGGCCAUUACAUAGCGAAUAUAUGCAACUCGAGCGGCGAAUGGUACCAGUUUAGCGACGAUAAAGUCGAAAAAAUGCAGAACAAGCGAAUCGAAGACGGGGUCAAUGAUAAUGUGAAACCCAUGAAACGUGGACGUGUUCCGAAAGGAUUUCUGUCGUCGAACACGGCGUACAUGUUGGUGUACAAAAAAUUAACAGCGGAUUCACGAGCAGUAGCGAUAAAGAAAAUGAAGAUGAAGAAACACGAAGCUGAGACGAACUUCGAUGAUUUGGAGAAAGUUACGGUCAAAGAUAAAAUCGAUUCUCCGGACGAAACGAAACCGAAGAGUGACACGGGAGAGACGUCGUUGAAUCAGCAAGAGCAUUCUGAGAAGAUGUCAGAAUUGAAUUCGGGAAUUGAGACGAAAAUGGACAUAUCCGAAAGUGAUGCUGAUUCCGCGAUCAAAGAUAAAAUCUCAGAAACUAUUAGUGACGCAAGCGAAGACAAAUGUAAUUCUCCGCAGGAACGAAAUUUACCUCAAAUCAAGGAGUCUGUGGUCAAACUUGUUAAACUUAAUUACAAACAGUUAAACGGUGCUGCACACAGAGCUAUGAGUUGCGGAGAACGAGAUUUUUAUGAAGAGAUGGAAUUCGAGAAUUGGCAAGUUAGUAGCACGAUGCGUGAGCUAGUUAGGCAAGAAAACGUCAAGCAUGAGUUGAGUUUGUUGGCCGAACAACAAGAAAAGCAAAAGGUGAUAGAAGAUCAGAAUUCCAAGCGACAGUUUGUAGUGGAUAUAUACAAUAUGAUUCAAUCAACGUCUGAUUGGAACAGAUAUUACUGGAUACCGAACGAUUGGUUGACGAAAUGGUUGAGUACGCAUUCGACCACGGACGGUAUCCCGCCGAUUGACAAUUCCAAUCUGAUGUGCUCGCAUCAUCGACUUGAUCCGCUGAAAGUCAAUCGCGUGAAGUGCAUGCCAGCGGCGGCGGCCGAGAUACUCUACGAGAAGUAUCGAGGAGGUCCGCGAUUGGAUCAAGCGUCGUUGUGCGAGGUUUGCGUGAGGAGACGAUGCAAAUUGUUACGCUUCAAGCAGGCGCUUGAACGAGAUCACAAAGAAGUCAGCGAACUAGUGCGCACGUUCAAAGAACCUUCCGAAACGAGCUACAUCAUCGGUACGGAUUCGUUGCGAUCGUGGCGGAGACUGGCCAUGGAGUCGUUUCAGGAGGGCAUGGAACACGAGACCAACGAAUGUCGGGAGGAGAGCAGAAACGCGGAUAAGGACGUUAGCAACGAGUGCCCGAAGGAGAUGGAAGAGAACGAGGAGAACGAGGGUGUUAUAAACUUCAACGAGGAUCUGCUCUGCGAACACAACUCCCUCAAGACCGCGGAUUCCAGUAGAAGAGUGAUACCACAGGAAGCGUGGUCGAUUCUUCGAAAGUAUUUCCCGGAUUCGAAGGAAUAUUCUAUCGGAUCGCCGUCGUGCUCAAUCUGCGAGAAAAAGAUGGAGAACGCAGAAAAGGCGAAGAAAGACGACAAGAUAAAGGCGAGGCAGCAGAAGGACGAGCUGACGGAUCUGUACUACGGGAGAAACAGGAACGAAAUCUCCAAGUGCAACGAUCCGGAGAAGCCGUUCUACAUCGUCGAGAAGAGCUUUUUGGACAGUUGGCGGUCCUUCAUUCGAUACGCGGAGAUCUUCUCGAGAACGUCACCCGCAGGCAUCCAGAACGCGUCGCUACUCUGCGAGGCGCACAAAGGAUUCCUGUACGCGCCUCGGAUUAACGUUGAACUGUACAGUAUAGUAACCGCAGAGGAAUGGUCGAAGCUGACGCAAUACUACGAAGUCGACUAUCCCAUUGUUAUAAAGAAGACUGAUAGCGAUUAUCAAACGGAGCCCGCUCCGUGUGCGGCGUGCAUGUUAGCGAGGGUCGAACAGGAACGUCUGGAAAGUUUGAAGUACGAUAGAGCGACAAUCUACAUUAAGUGUAUCGACGAGAACGAGGAGUCUAAGAUAAAAAACGAUGAGGUAGCAGCAAAGAAACCGAGGAUCGAGGAGGAACGGCCGUCGCGAACUAGGAGAAAAUUAAAAGGAUCGCACAAGCUCAAAGUGUCGUCCGAGAUCACCUUGAAGGAGCUCAAAGUAAUGACGAUGCAGAUCUGCGGCGCCGGACCGUACGACCAACACCUGAUGCUAGGGGAACACGAGCUCACCGAUCACAGUCAAAGCCUGGCGUCGCUCGGAGUAUUUCCCGGGGCACUUCUGACGUUAAAGAUCGACGCGCCGAUAGAGAACGAAAUCGAUGUCGAGUCCGAUUUUCAGAAUUUCGAGUCCACGUCGCCGGAGAAGGGCUUCAAGGGGACCGAGCUGGUGCUGAGCUGAUCUGAAUGAGCCUGAUGUAACUACGUAGCCAAUUUUGUUUACCGUGUAAUAACGAUAGUUGAUUUAUUAUAAAAUAUUUUUAUACACGAUCUAUAUACAUACAUAAGUAUAUGUACAUAAGUCCGGUCCCUGUACACGUCCCCUCCUUCCGCCCCCCUUCCCCCCGCGUUACUGAUACAAAGUGUGUCACAUACAGAUUUAUUCUAUGCCGUGUUUCACAGGGGGAUUUAUGUACACGAGAAAGUUUUUGCGUCUACAAAUUAUAUUAUGAGUUAUAUAUAUAUAGUAUUAUAUGCUAUAUGAUCUAUUUGUUAAGGAAAGGCUAGUAAAAAAAAAAAGAAACAAAAACAAAAACGGAAGAAGCAGUAAAACACACGUAAAAGAAACAAGUAGCUAUUAAAAAAUUAGAUUAACAGCACAUCACACACACGAGCAGUUUGACUUGAUCUAGUUUUCAAUUUUAUCUUAUAUCUAUCUUUGUCUCUCUCUCUCUUUCUCUCUCUCUCUCUUUUAUUAUUCCGCAGAGUGUCUUUAUCGAAUUGUAAACUUUUUCGCAGAGUUCAAUUUGAACAGGCAUUUUUUUGGUUUUUUUAUUUAUUUAUGUUUUUUUUUUUUUUGUUUUUUUUUUUUUUUUUUUGUUUUUUUUUUUGUUUUUUUAUCCACGUUAUAUCUGUAUGCAACACGACAAAACUGUUUUUAUCGAUUGAAACCCAUUACGCAUGUAAGUGAGAAAAUUAUUACGAGAAGAAAUAUCGCAAUUUUUUUUGCACGAUACACAUUUACUUUGUUUGAUAUGUCAUUUGGAAAUGAAAUAUAUUUAUUUUUGUUAUUUUUCUCCGAGAAAACUCGUGUUUAUUAUUCUUGUUCUUUUUUGAUCUUAUUUUAAGGAAGUCUGUCGUUAACGUAUACAUACAUUUAGAGCUAAAUAGCGAUAUUCUUGCCUUGAGAGAAGACAGAUUGUGUGUGCGAAAAAUUGAGCGCAAAAAAAAAAAAAAAAACGAUGAUUGUACGUAUUUAAACAAAUUUACAUGUCACGUAUGCACAAUAUUGAUUUUCUGAAUUAAGCUCGUUAAGAAAACACGAAUGAAUGAAACAUUCUUAUUUCCUAUUGUCUGUGAUUUCUCUUUUAACAUUUACAAUAAAAAAAAAAAAAUUCUCUACGCAGAAAGGAGCUCUCAGUUAUAUGUUGAUCCAUUUUUUUUCGUCUGGCGAACAUCUGUGUAU